CCCCGAGCGCUGAGCCAAUGAAUGCUGGCGGUGCUCGCGCUCCCGCCGUGCCCCGCGGCGGGGCAACAUGGCGGCGCCCAGGGCUCUGGCGGCCGCCCGGGCUGUGAGCGGCGCGGCGAGGGCUGCGGCGGCGGCGGGACCGCUCCGGCUGCGCCCAGCCCGUCUCCUGCAGAGCUGUGCCCCACAAGCCGCCACACUCCCUGUCCGCUGGAGCGGGAGCAGCUCUGCGCUCGGCAGCAUCCUGGGCAUCCCCGCCGAGAAGCCAGCCAGCGCCCUGGGCCAGCACCCACCGCCUGUUGCCACCAGCGAAGGGGAGCAAGAACGCUUGUUACAGAAUCAGCCUAAUCAGCCCCAGAACCCCAAGGUUUUACGAAUCGCCAUCAUCGGAGCACCAAACGCAGGGAAGUCCACGCUCUCUAAUCAGCUUGUGGGCAGGAAGGUUUUCCCUGUUUCUAAGAAAGUACACACAACACGAUGCAAAGCCCAGGGCAUUGUCACCUAUGAGGACACACAGCUGAUCAUCCUGGACACACCUGGCCUCACAAGUCCCUUGAAAGCCAAAAGACAUAAUUUAGAUGCAGCCAUGCUGACAGACCCAUGGGACAGCAUGAAACACGCGGAUUUAGUUCUGGUUUUGGUGGACGUGUCGGAUCACUGGACACGAGACUCUCUGAGCCAGGAGGUGCUGAAGUGUCUUUCUCGGUUUCCCCAUAUCCCUAGUGUCCUCGUUCUGAACAAGGUGGAUCUGCUAAAGAAGAAGUUCAUCCUGCUGGACCUAGUAACUGAGCUAACAGAGGGAGUUGUAAAUGGAAAGAAACUGGAAGUGAGAUCUACGUUUAAACGGAAUUCCAGUUCUUCAGCAAAGUCUCCCCCUCAAAUCACUCAGCCUUCACUGAAGGAUAGGGCCCGUGAGUCUCACUGUCCACAGGAAGCAGCUCAAGCCCAGGAGAGCUCUAGCUUGGGCCACAACAGUGAUGUGAAGGCUUCUGAGUCCAGUCGUGUCACAGAAGAACAAGGGCCAAAGCGCUGUGAACCCAGAGAUCUAAAAAAUAUGAAAGGCUGGCCGGGCUUCCAGGAGAUCUUCAUGCUGGCAGCAGUCCAUGGGGAGGAGGUGGAUACGCUCAAGCGGUACCUCCUGAUGCAAGCCAAGCCAGGCCCUUGGGAGUUUCACAGCGAGGUCUUGACCAGUCAGUCACCUCAGGAGAUCUGUAAUAAUAUCAUCAGAGAGAAGAUACUGGAGUAUCUGCCCCUGGAAGUACCCUAUGGUGUGACACAGGUGACAGAGAUGUGGGAAGAGGGACCAAGUGGGGAGCUUCUCAUCGUGCAGAACCUCUUGGUCCCACGGAAGUCUCAUAUGAUGAUGUUGAUUGGAAGACGAGGUAAGGUUAUCAGCAGGAUUGCUCAGGAAGCUGGCCAGGACCUGAUGAAUGUUUUCCUGUGUGAUGUCCGCCUGAAGCUCAAGGUGGAGGUGAAGAGUUGAACUCUUGGCAUAUAUUUUAACAGCCUUUGAGCUCUCUGGUCAUACAGAGAAAAUGGUCCUGUUUUCCCGUGCGGGUAUCUUGGCACUUUUGUUCAACCCAGAAACAGAGGGUGAGGGACUCAAUAUAGCGAGCGGAAGCAGAAUAUAUUAUUCUUUGGGGGAAAUAAAGUCUUCAGACCUUC